AUGUCCUUGAGAUAUAAGCCAAAUAAUAUUUUAUGCUAUUAUCGAUUCUUCGCAACAAAAUCGAAGAAAUUACCAAAAACUGCUCAAAAUGAAAAAUUUAAGAGUUUCGACCAAUUAUUCAAUUACUCAAACAGUCAGAAGAGUUUACAAAGAGAAAAGAUAAGCAAAGAGGGCAGUUUUGACGCUUUGUAUCAAGAGUGUAUGACUGAAAUAUACAAAAUGAGGGCAGAAGCUGACGGUUACUCUGAUGAAACCAGAGAAUCGCCAGAGAUUCAGGAACUGACAAAGAAGGAGAAUGAAAUUGUGAAUUCAGUGUUUAAAAGAGUGUUUUCCAGCAACUUAAGCAACCUUAGUGACAUGAGCAACAAGUUAAAUUGCAACAAAUCAUCUGAAAUUGAUCCUUACUGGGACCCGUUUAAGAAUAUUCAGAAUUUAAAGCUGCAAAUCGCAUCAGAAUUCAAUCAACUCUCAAAGCUAGUGAGUAGCGCUGAACUAUAUAAGUAUAAAUCAAUGAUAAAGAAGUCACUGAGGCAAUUUAAUGAAUCAAACAACUUCGACAUCAUAAAGGACACACAAAAGGACUCUGAAGAUGAUAUAGACUAUAAAUAUAAGAAUGAACGAUUUUGGGAUCCUGAUAUUGACAAGAGGUUGAUUUUGCAGAACCAUAAAAGGCCAUUUUCAUUCAGAGAUCUGCACGUCUUACACAACUUUGUAAGCGAAGACGGCCAAAUAUUGCCGAGAAGAUUAAAUUUAACCACGAGGAAGCAGCAAAUACAAAUAUUCAAAUCCAUUAAAAUGGCAAGGCAGAUGGCACUGUUCCCAUACGACUGGAAGCCACUGUACAGAGACCGCAUACCUCUACUAAAUCCACUGCAAUACCUGUUCGACGAGCUGUUUUAUAAGUAUAAAAAGUCCAAAGAUUUAAGGUCGAAGGCAAUGAUCAACGUCAUGAUGAACAAAUACCCAGAAGUUAACGCACACAGGGACAUUCUAACAAAUACGCUCAGAUACCUGAGGCAUGAAUCGCAAAAAAUGGAGAGAACGACAGGGAAAGAUUCCGAAGGUAAAGACAGAAAUAUCGUCGAAUCGAACGGUUAA